AUGUUAUCAUCAUUAUUCACCAUCAAUUUUAAUAGGAAAACAAUUCCUUCCAAUCAUCAUCAUCACCAUGUAACUCUGCAGAGUGUGUUGAAAAGGUUUGGCUUUGCGUUGCUUGUUGUUGUACUUUUAAUGAUAAUAACUCCCGCCUUUUCAACUUACACAACCGAAAAAACAAAACAAGAACAUGAUACGAAGGCUUUGCAUAGGCUGGAAAAGUUUCAUCAGCAUCAUCACGAUGAUUUAAAUAACAAUAAUAUUCUGCGAGUGGGAAGGAAAGGAAAGAAUAGACUUUACCAUCAUGAUGAACGAAAGAAGAAUCAUCAAGGAAGAGGAGAAAAAGUUUUAAAACAACAACUUAGAAGUGUUUCCACUUCACAGGCUAGUGUUGUACCAACAUUUUCAUUACCUUCGGUGGUGAAUUUAUAUGCCAAUACGCCUCUGUAUAUUCCUAUCAUUUUGACUAACCAAGUAACAUCAGGAACAACAUUUGAAUAUAGUUGGAAAGUUUACAACUCUACAAAUGAUAUUACUUUAGCAUCUGGAACUACACCAACAGUUUAUAUUGGAGAAUAUGAUUUGGAUCUUUUGAAAACAGUAACUUAUUAUCAGAAUAUUGUUGGAUCAAUAUCAUCACCUGUUUCUUCUUGGAAUAUUUAUGUGGAGGUCACAUCACGAGGAGAUUAUGGAAUCAUCAUUGCCCAAUACAAAAAGACAAUACCAUUCAAUUUGUACUUGUUGGGUGUACUUGCAACUAUUGUGGGAGAGAAUCAGGACCUGACCUUGAUAACAGAUCUGAAAACAAAUCAAGUAUUGAAUGUUUCCAUGUCGAAAAUAACACCAAAAAUUGAAUAUUAUGAUUCAGCAGUGAAACAUUAUCGAAUAAUAACAAUUACUUACAAGUACUCAUCCUUCUACUAUGUCGAAUCGGAAAAGUUUGAAAUUCUUAUACAUAGCAUACGUGUCAAUGAUUCAGUUCCAAUCUUCCAAACAAUUACAUCCAACACUACCAUGCAACAAUAUCAUCCACCCAAUCUUCCAAUUACACUCACUCCAAAUUUUGUCAAUUACAACAAUACUGUCAGAGUGGUGUUUUAUUGGGAAGUUAAUGGUUCACCAUACCUCAAGCAAAACCUUACACUUGAUUCCCUCUCUCCAAAUAGCAAGUAUGUGGCCAAGUGUGAAAUUUACUUUCUGGGUAAUGUUCAGAGAUACACAUCAAUGAGCUAUACAUUUUUCACAGCAAACAAUAUUACCAAGCCAAAAUUCAAUAUUGUGACCAGUUCUGCUCUUGCAUUUCAAACAAGAGUUCAAGUAUCUGGCUAUAUUGGAGAAUCAAGCAGAGGUCCACUUUGCAUGACUGAAAUCUUUGCAGAAACCACAAAUUUUGGCAAAAUCAGCUUGACCAAUGGAAGACCUGUUUGCCUUCAAUCGCUAUUGCAAACCAGUACGGAUGCAAUUGCAUUCCUUAGAAUGCCACUCAGGAAAAUCACUCUCUACGAUAAUAUCAAGCUCUCUUUUGUGGUAACAGAUGGUAUUGCACAGGAAACGUACUCUCUUACCACUUCUUCAAAUCCUUCCACUAUUUUGGAUUACUUUUCAUCGUCCAAUAUUGUCAAAUUAACAAGUAGUGUUUUAGACACGACAUCAACUCUGUACGAAAACGAUAGAACCUUGCUUCCUUCUCACAUUGUUGUGGCUGCAUCAUUAAUUAUGAACUUUAAAUCUUCUGCAGAAGAAUCCAAUUCAAUGAAUGUAGACUAUUCAACACUGGCCUCUGGUUUAGGAUCUUAUCUAUCGAGAAUUUGUCCUUCUUCUUCAAACUAUUCUCCAUUGGAACAAAAUUUGAAUUGUAUUGAAAUAAUUGGAAAAUAUGUAUCAAUUUCAGGUCUCACUACAACAUUUGCUAGUACAACUCUCUCUCAGAGUAUUAGUUCCAAUAUUGUUACAUCUAUAUUUUAUCAAUUGAAUCAACUCGUUUUCAAUUCAAUGAAUGGACAAGGCACAUUGCAAAAUGGUGUGCUAUUCCAAAAAUUCUCCAGUGAAGGAGGUGAAACCUAUGUCAGUCUCUUGAUGGACAUGCUACAAACAGCUUCCAGUUAUAUUGCUCAAGAUUAUACUACAGUUCCAAUCAAUGGUACCUACGUUUCCAUCAAUAGUAAUACUAUAACUAGUACUAUUUAUGCAGUCUCCAAGAUAUUCCUCUCCAGUAGCUCCACUUCAACAUUUAAAUCAUCAAGCUCACUCAUUACCAAAUUGGAUUUAUCUUCAUUUCAAUCAACAACAUUAUACUCACUCUCUUUGAAUGGAGAUGUUACUGUGCAGGUGCCACCUCUUUCAUCUCUUCUUGGUAGUUUGACAUCAAGCAGCUCAGUGGUCUUGUCACUUCAACUUUCACCUCAAAACAAUGUCACAGAUGCUGUCAAUAGUACAAUUAUUUCUAGUAGAAAGGUUCAAUUCCAGCUUUUGGAUCCAAACACUGAUAAGAAAAUAGAGUUGAAAGAUCUGAGUCAACCAAUUACUCUUAAACUUCCAAUCACCUAUUCUUCCUUGUCAAAUUCAUCUCGUGACAGCUCCAAGUGUGUAUUUUGGAGCGAUUCUACCAAUGCAUGGUCCAACACUGGUUGCGUUUUAAAACAAGCUACACAAAGUUAUUUCUAUUGUGAAUGUAAUCAUACAACAACCUUUGCUGUGCUUUCUACUACUCUCACAACUAGCUCAAAUAAUACUCAAAUUCAAACAGCAGCAUUCGAUAUGGUUCCACUUAUUGUCAUUUCCUCUGUAACUGGUGGUGUUAUUCUAAUCACUUUGGUUUUUUCUGGUGUUGUUCAAGCUUUUAUUCAUGUUUUGAAGAAUGUUGACUCUGCUGAGUCAGGAGAUUUAUUCCUUCCAGCAGAAUUCUUCCCAGUCAAUGCCCAAAUAGAAAAACCAAAAGAACCAGAAACAACAAUAGAAGAGACAGAAAAGAAAGAAGAAAAAGAACCAAAGGUGAAGAAACGAUACAAGGAUCUUUCAUUUGGUCUGAAAAUUUUUGAAUGUCUCAAAGAGUUUCACCCUGUUCUUGGUAUUGUUUUUCCAAAGAAGUAUUUCAAGAGUAUUCAUAUUAAGAGAUUGGAUCGUUUAAUUAUCCUAAUGGAUAUUUUCAUUACCACUAGUACUGUUAACGUUAUUUUAUUGUCAGUGAGCACUAUUUCAAAAAAUUGGAUAUUCGUAAUACCAUCACUCAUUUCGUUUGGCUGCUCUGUUAUCAAUCAAAUACCAAUUACAUUAUUAUUUUGUAGGAAGCAAGCUAUUUGGAAAGUUUGUGCCUAUGGUUAUAGCUGCGUGUUUGCGUUUGUUUGUUUGGUAAUUUCUAUUAUUGCUAGUGCUGGAGUUUUUGUUUCCAAUCAGUGGAAUAUGAAUAUUUUGGACUGGCUGUAUGCCACUAUUCUAGGUGUUGCUUGGGACUUGAUUGUUUUUAGAAUUGUUUUGGCUUCCAUUAUUGCAUUUUUGAUUGAAGUUAAGGUUACUAUUGACAUGGGUAUUGCAACAUUCAGAAAAACUGAUGAGGCAGAAAAAGAAGAUCAACCAUUACAAACAAAACGUAUGGUAACUGUGCAAAAUAAUGUAAGAAUACCUAUGCUAUUUUCACAAAAGGAAAAGCCAAACAUUCCUAAAUUGAAUCUCAAAGCAGUUGAAGGUGUUGCCACUCCAAAAGAAAAUCCUGUUAAUGAGCUAUCUUCAAUGCAUGCUUCGCCUACAGCAAGUGAUACCACUUCCAGUAGUUCAGGUCUUGAUUCCUAUUUUUCACCACACAAAGCUAAUCAACCAGCUGUGGAAGAAGCAAAAGAAACUUCUGCCAAUGAGGAAGCCAAGACAUCAAGUUCUGGUAUGGAGCACUCGUCUGAUAAUUCAACUAGUAAGGAGGCAGAACAACAAUGCAUUACACCAGGAUGUAUUGUCGUUUUGGAUUCUCCUGGCAUUUCUCCAAUAUCUCCACUAAUUCCAAAACAAGAUCAUGAUAUGUCCUUUGUGGAGAAAGUCCAAUUGAGAGAUGAACUGAAUAUGAGCGAGGGUAAGGUUGAUGAAGCCAUCAUCCCACCAGUGUUGGAGGAUACCAUGAUUAUUGAUGGAACUGAAAAGCAAGAUAAUGUGGAGGAAAGUACCAAUGAACCUGUUCAAGAUUCAGUUCCACAACAAGAAGAGGAAAAGCUAAUAGAACAAGCAGAGGAUAUCAAUGAAGAUUUGGAAAUUGUGGAGCCAGCAAUAGUUGAAACAGAACAAGUUCAACAACCUGUUGCUGAGGAAGUUUCUACAGAAGAGGUUCCAGAGGAAACAAGAGUAUCUGAUGAAGAAAUUACCACCCCACAUGAAGAGCCAGCAGUGGUCAUUGUUGAUGAAGUCACAAAGGAAGAAGUUGCAAAUGUUGAACCAAUUGUAACUGAAUCUGUCCAAGAAACUACUCAAUUGCCUGAAGUUGAACAAGUCACCGAAGCAACAAUCGAACCAAUAGAGCCAGUUAAGGAAGAAUUACCAGAAAUUGAUACUACCAAGAAGAAUCCUAUCAAGAUUUUGAAAGAAAUUCUCAAAGAAAAGGAUGUUCCUCCACCUGCUGCUGAAAGCCAAGAGCCAAAAGACAAAUCAGAAAAGAAUAUUUUGGAUUAUAUUGAACAAGUGACUGAACAUGAAAAGAAGAUUACAUCUGAAAAUUUGGAAAGUUUCACAUCAGAAAUUCUUGAAAGAUUAUCUGGAAAAUCAAUUAGUGAAAUUUUAUUAAUCUUGUCGGAGACUAAAGAUCAACAAUCAAGCAGCCAACAACAAUACUCAUCCCCACUUCGUACCAACUCACCAGUUGCAAGAAAUGCUCUCCAAAAGAAUACUCCAGGAAACAAAUCAGCCAGAAUGCUCAAGAGUGGUGGUAUUGAAAUUGAUAGAUCAAGAAAACGUUCUCUCAGUUUCAACAAGUUGUAUGGUAUUGAAGAGGCUAUGAUCAAACCUCAAACAGAUUUCUUUGAUCAACUUCGUUUAUAUGUCAAUCAAAAUUAUUCUGAAGAAGCCAAGGUUAAGGCAUUGAAUGAAUUACUCUUCUUACAAUGUAUCUACCUCCACUAUAAGAUUAUUUCAGUAACUCCUGAGGCAAGAAAGGAAAUGGCAGAGCAAGUUGUUGCCACCUUUUUGAAUGAAAAGGAACAAUAUCACAUUAAUAUUGGUUUCUACAAGAGGGUACUUGCCUCAUGUAUUAGUGAUGAAAAUUUGAAUGCCAACACAUUUGAAAGAGCUUGUGAAAUUAUUGAAAUUGCUUUAAAGCCUGUUAUCAGCAACUUUUUGAAGCAUAUUCAAGAAAAGCAAGCAAAUGUAAUGACAAGUGUUUAGGACUUU